GGCGCUGCCGGCGUCUUCGGAUCUUCUGCUUUUGCUUUCUUCGCCACCGUCUAUUGGAGAAGAACGCCGCAACAUCAGCAUCGGAAAGAGUUCGAGAAUAUUUGGCCGAAGACCGCCGAUAGUCUGAGGGAGUUGAUUCUGCAUUCAAUUUAACUCUCGCACCAGGGUUCUGUCUCUGGCAUUAAAGUGAACUAUCUAAGGAUUAGCUUCAUUCUCUGACCACUAUGGGAAGCUUUUUUUCACAUCCUGCAGGAGCGGAAGCGCUCAAGAAGAAUCAAGAGUACAUUUCCGAGAUGAAUAAGAUCAAGAUGGAACGCUGGAUACAGAUGCAUUAUCAGAUGAAGAGCCGCGAAACGGCCAUGGAGAUUUCUAAAGCCAGGGAACUGUUUUACUGGCUCGCAUCGUUCUACGGUGUAUCGACGCUUGGUCUAGUGAGCCGCUUCCGGCUAACGAAACGGCCGGGCACGCUGGCUCCGAUCGUACCGCUUUCCUUCAUCGUGGCCUACUAUGCGGAUCUUGCGUACGGCACCAAAAUACAUCGAAUACAAGCCGAAGCCGAGAUGAUUAUGCACAAUGAACCGGAGCUUUUAGAGUGGCCAAGCGGUUUACCGACGGUGUCGGAGAUCGAUUCCGCUAGGUUGGAGAUUGAUGACAAAAUUCGACUCCAUCCGCAUCAGCUCUAAUUUAUUAUUCCAUCAUAACUACGCCUCACCCGGGAAACAGUAUUAGGCAGCAAUGACCACGAUAUACCCUCUGCGAGAUCUCUAUCGGGACAAUCCCAGUAGAGUGAACGCAAAAGCUAGUGCACAUUCAACACGAAAAGAGUGAGAUUGCACUAGAUUGGUGUUAACAGUUCUAAACAAUUGGCUGCACAAACACUAAGCACGAUUAACGGAUUGCGUUUUAACACAAAGGCAAGGAUAAAAUUAAUGAAAAUCUGUGCAUUCAUCUUGAAUUUCGGAGCAAAGCGUAAUCUGAUACGGUGAUCUAUCUUUAAUGCCCCAAGACCAAGGUUUCAUAAACAUGGAUGCGAUGUAAUAAGCGUUUGAUGAAAUUCCAUCACACAGUAGGUAGUUCAAUCUAAACCGAUUUAUCGAUUCUUCUCAUCUGAAGUCUUUCGACAGCAAUUUCUCUUCCUCUGAAGUUCUUGGUGUCUCGAUUCCCUUUCUUCGUGUUUACUCUCUUUCUCUCUCAUUCAUCGUUAUCAUUCAAAUACGUAUCAGGCGUUUGGAGUUGGCAAAUGCGCUCCAACAUAAACGUUUCACAAUCCGCUUGCUCCAACUUUGCAUCUCCAUAUGAUUACGAAAAUGCUAUAUAUGGAAACGAUAACAAUAAUUGAAAAGUGCAUUUACUCUCUUAAUGUCGAGAAAAAAAAACACGUAAACAAGUAAUGCAUAGGUGAAACGUAAUAACGAAAGAUAACAAUUUGCCUUUAAAAUGUAAAAUCCUGAAAAAGAAAAACCAUCCGCUCAUCGCACGAGCGUACGUUGGUCCGUUGGAAAAGAACGCACAUGCCCCAAAGGGUAUCAAUAAGGGGCUGUUCCAUUGCAUGUGUAAUAAUAGCUCCGCGUGUGUUUAAAUUCGUAAAUAAAUGGUUCAAUAAUAAAAUCGCGGGUAACCGCUGAU